AGCACCUGGAAUUUUUUUAAAGAAAGACGAAUUUUUGCUGUCCCACUAGCGCGGUUGAGCCAAAGAAAGUGUUGUUUUAAUGCCAGUUUUGAUGACAAUAAAAAUCAAGGUGAAAAGUAACAAUUUCUAAAUUCAAAAACAGGAUUUUGCCCAAUUUUUCCAAUUGCCCACCCAGCAGGGUAAACUGUAUUGACAACUGCCGAGAGAGACGGGGAGAGUCCCCAGCUGAUUUUCAGGCCUGAUCCAGUGAGUGCGACCGAAACAGUGGUAUGAAGAGUGGGAGCUCCAAUCACAGACCGUCAUUCAGUCUCAGUGAGUGAAAAUCGUUGAAAGGCGAAAGGUCCAUUGUCGUGACGUCGAUUGGUAGGACAAAAGCGCUUUGUUUUUGUUGAUUAUUUUCAUUUCCUUCGCUUUUGGGGCUGUGCUAGUCGAUCAGCAGCAAAGUCGCGUUUUUCCAGCUGAAAUUCAAGUGGCCGCAUUAAAGUGCAUCGUCAGAUCGCCGUAUUUUAGCUGCUGUGUGUUUAAUGGCGUCAUUCCAAUUUUCCUGAGGGCCGUUUCAGUGGAAUUUUCUAUAAAUCGUCGGUGUUUCGAACAGUCCUGCCGUGCGAGGCAUGAUGGCCGCUCCCAGAGCCAACAGCAGUGCUUUGCGUGCAUUGGCAGUCGAAUAUAAAGGGUUGCAGGAAGAGCCAGUGGAGGGUUUUCGCGUCAAGCUCGUCAACGACGACAAUCUCUUCGAAUGGGAGGUCGCUAUUUUCGGCCCCCCCGACACUCUCUACAUGGGAGGCUGCUUUAAGGCAAGAGUGAAGUUCCCGGCCGACUACCCCUAUUCUCCACCCUCCAUCAGGUUCUUGACCAAAGUCUGGCACCCGAACGUCUAUGAAAAUGGCGAUUUGUGCAUCAGCAUUUUGCAUCCGCCAAUCGACGAUCCGCAAUCAGGCGAAUUGCCCUGCGAACGUUGGAACCCCACUCAAAACGUCAGAACGAUCCUUCUGUCAGUCAUUUCCCUGCUUAAUGAACCGAACACGUUCAGUCCUGCCAACGUGGACGCUUCUGUAAUGUACCGUCGUUGGCGCGACUCCAAAGGGCGCGACAAAGAAUACGAGAACAUUAUCAGGAAGCAAGCAAUGGCAGCCAGAGCUGAAGCGGAACGUGACGGGAUCCAAGUGCCACUCACACUCGAAGAUUACUGCAUAAAAACUCAAGUUAAACCCAGCAACUCCGAGUCUCAAGUAGAAAUGACGGAUUUCUACGACGAUGACUACGACGAGGCCUACGACGAUCUGUCAGACAAUUCGGAAUAUGGCGAUGAAGACGACAAUGACAGCGGUAACGGCGAAUCGUGAUAACGCAUGCACAUCCAGCCGAUUGCCACAUUCUAUGUACAUUUAAAUUCAAUACAAGCCACUCUUUUCCUGAUUUCAUUCUAACCGUGCUUCGAUAGUUUUUCGGGUGUCCGAAAACGAAUCGAUUAUUUCUACUGGCUGGCGGCUGAUGUUUUCAGUAAACCUGUUCAGGUCGUUAGCAAAUAAGUACUGUAAGCGUUGUGCUCUCGAUCUCAAUUUGAGUUGGUGAUUUCAAGAUGACGGCGAUGUGUGUUAACGCUCUUAGAUUAGGUUCAAAGUUCGCCUGUCUGUAUAUAGUUGGAGCAGUCUAAAACCCUCCCUCUAACCGCUAGUUUAUCUGUGAAACUCCGUUCUCCCCAAUGGCGCAACUUCAUUCAUCGUCCAGCAGUUUCUUCCGAUGGGCAAGAGAAUAUGUUUUAUGUAAAUAUUCGUCUUUUUGUCGUCACUCCUCUACCAGUUGGAAUGAAGAAGCGGGUUAUUUUUUGACGCAUUGCAAAUAAAUCGUUCGUGUGUGUAGUUGAUUUAUGUUACGCCACUUUUGGAAGAUUAACUUUAGUUUGCAUUAUUGAAUAAAUGUUUACCAAUA